CUUAUUUCUUCUUCGGAUCUUCUCUCUCUCUCUCUGAGCUAACAAAUUGUUUACCUAUUCUUCGUCUACCACUCUCCUGUUCCUCUUUCACAAUAUCGGUUCAGCUGAAUGGGAUGCCCCUUUCCAACGCUCUGCAGUUCUCACACUUUCCAUGUCCAAGCCCUUUUUAAGAUAGAACAUGAGUUAAUCACAAUAGGGAUAUAUACAAUGGAAAGAUUGUAGACUUCCCAGAAGAAUUUUUUGGUUGCUGGUUGUUAGGCAGUGUAGUCAGUUGAGUUUGAAGCCUUGAGCUCUUCAGAUAUGUAAUUUGAAUUUCCAGUCGGUUUUGGUGUCCCAUAUUCCUGUUAGCUCCUUCUGCUCCUUUCUCUCAAAAUGACUGGAACUAGUCACUGUUUUGUGGAGUGGAAAGAGCAAUUUGUAUCACAGGAGCGUGGUAAUCGUGUGGUUCACUAUUUCUUGAAGGAUUCCUAUGGGGAAUCUAUCCUUGCAGUUGUGGGAACUGAGAGAAGUGUCAGGCACAUGUUUUAUGUUGUUGCCGAGGAGUUUUUGGAGGCUUAUGGGAAGGAAAAUUCCAUCCAUGGUGGUUAUAAGUGGCGAUCGAGAAGAGAGGUUGUAGACUGGCUUACGUCUAUGCUAUCUAAGCAGCAUUUACAUGGAGAACGAUCAGAAUCACCAAAACAUGACCCAAUACACACUGCAAUGGAUGGAGUGGCUACUCCACUGACUCAAGUACCAGAUGAUAGGGUCCAUAUUGCAAGGAGUUUCAAGGGACACAAUCCAGACAUUGUCUGGUCAGGUGUUGCAUGGAAAUGUGGUAAACAGCUCAAGCAUUACCCAGCAUUUUGCAGGAAUGGGACUACAAUAGCGAUUCAAUCCUUCAUCUUUGUCAUGGCUAAAGGAGAAAAUCACUACGUUGCUUAUUUAGAAGAUAUGUAUGAAGACAGGAGGGGUCAGAAAAAGGUGAAAGUAAGGUGGUUUCACCACAACCAGGAAGUCAAAGGGAUAAUUCCCAUACGAAAUCCUCACCCAAAAGAAGUUUUCAUAACUCCAUAUGUACAAGUCAUAAGUGCAGAGUGUAUUGAUGGUCCUGCCACUGUCUUAACUCGUGACCAUUAUGAAAAAUGCUUAGCAUCUUUUCCUCAUCAUUUAUUAGCCAGAAUACAUUUGUGUUAUAGGCAGUUCAGAAGCAACAGAGUGAAGCCCUUUGACCUCAGCAAGCUGCGUGGCUACUUUGAUCAGCCAAUUCUCUCUUGUUUGGGUCCUGAUGCCUUCUCAAGGCCCGAGUUUACAUGCCAUGGUCUGGCUGGGGAAGAAGCUGAACAGUUAAGCUCAGGUGAGAAUGUAAGGCUAGGAGUAAAGAGGACAAGAAGUGGUAGGGCGUGUCAAAGGUUUGCAGCAGAUCAUUCAGGAGUCAGAAAUUCUGUUAGAGUUCGCCAGAUGAUAACAUAUGACCCUUUUGAGAACUUAGACUAUGGUUUGUCAGCCAGCAGGAGAUUGCUUUCCCUGAAGCACAUCGAUUGUCACCCUUGGUAUCCUCCACUAUUUAAGGUUGAUGGAAAGAUAGAGCUGCUCUGUCAAGAUAGUGGCAUCCGAGGCUGCUGGUUCAGGUGUACGGUAUUGCAGGUGUCACGAAAACAGAUGAAAGUGCGAUAUGAUGAUGUGCAGGAUGAAGAUGGAUGUGGCAAUCUUGAGGAAUGGAUCCCUGCUUUUAAAAUGGCUAUGCCCGAUAAACUUGGCAUGAGGCAUCUGGGUCGCUCUACAAUUAGACCAGCCCCUCCUCCUAAGGAACAAGUAGACAUUGCUCUCGAGGUUGGGACUGCAGUUGAUGCAUGGUGGAGUGAUGGUUGGUGGGAAGGAGUUGUUACUGGCUUGGAUAACUCUGGUGAUGGGACUAUGCAAAUUUACUUUCCCGGUGAGAGCAUAGUAUUGAAUGUACACAAAAAGGAUCUAAGAAAAUCCAAAGAUUGGAUGGGGGACCAGUGGGUUGAUAUACAAGGAAAGCCUGACAUAAUCUCAGCCCUAUCUGCAACUAUUGGCUUGGAAAACAAGUCGGCUCCAACCUCAAACAUUAUCAAGGAUAUCAAAUCUGAUUUUUCCAUUUCAUGUGCCGAAGUUCCUAGCAGUGCUAAAUUUAACAUUGCUGAAGAUGAAAAGCUCGAAUUAACUGCAGUUAUAAACACUGAUGGCCUUCCUGAAGAUACGGAAAGGGUCAUUGAUAAGAAGUCAUCAUCAUUAAAUGACAAGGGAACUGGGGUUGAUGGCAUGAAAGGCCGUUGUAAUAAUGUAGAUGAUGCACAAGGUAAUGACGCCGAUGACAAAUAUGACAAUGAUGAUGAGAAUGGUGACGACACCCAGGAUUUUGUGAUUUCUGGGCAGAAUUGUAAAGCAGAACUAAUGGAACUGGCAGCAUAAGGUGUUCAAUAGGAGCUAUGUGCCUUAAUUUGUGAUGGUGGAUGGUGACCGUAUAGUUGGCUAGUUUUGACUGCUUGGGUCGGUUGUUUGGAUGCUUGUAAAUAGUUACACGGGUGUAGGGAAAGCUCAUUGCAUUCGGACCCGACUCUGUAGCCUUUGUAGGUGUACAGGUUUGAGGCUUAGAAUUUUAUGGUGGUUAUCGGAUUUUCUCGAGUGUAUUUAGAAUAUUAACUCCUUCCCUUAGAAGCAACUCCAAAAUGAAUCAGAUUGAUUCACUUGUGUGCAUCUUGUACCUUGUACCAACAGAUUUGAAGACUGCCAUAAAGUCGAAAUUACUUUUUUGUUUC